AGCAACAGCGGGGUCAGUGGCUCUUAAUUUCGAACUACUGGACACAUCUGGACGGCGCUGCAAUGCUGCUGCAGGGAGGACACUCUGCUGUUUCUCUUGCACUUUUAUUUUAUUUUAAUUCUCUUGAGCCAACGUUGGUGCUCGCCUUCAACCUUGACACCAGUCAUGUCAUCAGGAAGGAAGGAGAGCCGGGUAGUCUGUUCGGGUUCUCUCUUGCCAUGCACCGGCAACUCAACCCGGAUAAAAGAAUGCUGUUGAUUGGUGCACCGAGAGCCAGAUCUUUGGGAAAACAGGCAGCCAACAUCACAGGAGGCCUUUAUAAAUGUGAAAUCACCCAGUCCAAUGAAUGUCAGCGCGUUGAAUUUGAUAAUGAAGAGAACGUACGUGUUGAGAACAAGGAGAAUCAGUGGAUGGGGGUGACGGUUCAGAGCCAGGGACCUGGGGGGAAGAUUGUGACUUGUGCCCAUCGCUAUCAGAGGCGCUUGUAUGUGAACACCCCCCAGGAGUCCCGGGACAUCACUGGACGCUGUUAUGUCCUGAGUCAGGACCUGACCAUCGAACCGUCCUCUGAUGAGGACGGAGGUAACUGGAACUUCUGUGAGGGCAGAACCAGAGGCCACGAGAUGUUUGGAUCUUGCCAGCAAGGUUUGGCCGCCACAUUCACCAAGGACUACCAUUAUGUGGUGUUUGGAGCACCAGGAGCUUACAACUGGAAAGGGAUUGUACGAGUGGAGCAGAAGAACAACACUUUGCUAGAGAUGGGAGUAUAUGAUGACGGCCCAUACGAAGUUGGAGAUGAGCAUCUCUUGAACCCUGAGCUUGUGCCUCUACCUGCCAACAGCUACCUCGGAUUCUCCCUUGAUUCGGGACACAGCAUCACCAGGAGUCGUGACCUGACGGUGGUGGCCGGAGCACCCAGAGCCCGUCAUAGUGGAGCUGUGGUCCUGUUAAAGAAAGACAGCGAAGCCUCCGGCAGACUUUUGGUGGAGCACACUCUGCACGGUCCAGGACUUGCUUCCUCCUUUGGAUACGACGUGGCUGUAGUUGACCUGAAUGGUGAUGGAUGGCAAGACAUAGUUGUAGGAGCCCCUCAGUUCUUCAUGAAAGACAGAGACAUUGGAGGAGCUGUUUAUGUCUACAUCAACCAGGCAGGAAGGUGGGAAAGGACCACUCCCGUCCGUCUAAACGGGACCAAAGACUCGAUGUUUGGACUGGCAGUGGAGAACAUUGGAGACAUCAAUCAAGACUCAUAUGAAGACAUUGCCAUUGGAGCUCCUUAUGGUGAUGGAGGUGUGGGGCAAGUCUACAUUUAUCAUGGCUCUGCAAAAGGAAUCAAAACCAACCCUGCACAGAUCCUUUCAGGGAAAGAGCACAACUUGCAGCUAUUUGGAUAUUCACUAGCAGGGAACAUGGACUUGGACAGUAACUCUUAUCCAGAUGUGGCGGUAGGCUCUCUGUCGGAUACAGCUCUGAUCUACAGAGCACGGCCAGUCAUUAGCAUCAUGAGAGAUGUCAAAAUAUCUCCACAGGAAAUUGACCUUACAAUUAAAACCUGUGGUAACAGCAUUUGCUUCACUGUGGACGCGUGUUUCACCUACAAAGCAAACCCUGGAUCUUACAACCCAAGACUAACCAUCAGCUAUUCUGUCGAGGCGGAUGGAAAUCGCAGGAAACAGGGGCUGCCCUCCAGAGUGGUGUUCCUGAACAAUUCCCGCACUGACAUAGACUACCAGUUUAAUGGCACCUCAGACCUCCAUGGCCAAAAACAGGAAACAUGCAUCAAGAUAGUAGCCAAAUUAAAGGAUAGCAUUAAGGACAAGAUGCGCAGCAUUCCCAUUGAGGUGUCUGCAGAAAUUGUUGGUACUAAACGACAGAAAACAAGAAACGGCCUCCCUCAGCUUAUGCCCAUAUUAGACUCGUCUCAGUCAGGCAAAGACAUCAUUGAGGUCAACUUUGUAAAAGAGGGAUGUGGGCGUGAUCAGAUUUGCCAGAGUAACCUGAAGAUGGAGUACAAAUUAUACUACAAACAAAACAACCUGGAAGAGUACUCCCCAUUACCUAUAAAGAAGAACAUCCCUGUGUUUCAUCUGAAUUACGAGAGGAAGGACUUGGCUCUGCGGGUGACAGUCAACAACAUGAAUGGAGAUGAUGCUUACGAAGCAAAGUUGGUGGGGAAUUUCCCAGAUACAUUGUCAUAUUCUGGAGUCCGCUCACACCAACCAAUGAUAGAAAAGCCGAUUACCUGUACUGCCAAUCAGAAUGGCUCUCAAGCAGACUGCGAGCUGGGGAAUCCUUUCAAGAGAGACUCAGAGGCUACAUUUUACAUCAUCCUGAGCACUGUGGGUGUGACUCUCGACACCACAGAGAUUAAUAUUGACCUGCAGGUCCAAACAACAAGUGUGCAAGAAAACAUUUCCCCUGUUAAAGUAAAGGCUAAAGUAAUCAUUGAACUACCAUUGUCAGUCACUGGGGAAGCCAGCCCUAAUCAGGUUUCUUUUGGAGGUGUCGUGAAAGGUGAGAGUGCCAUGAAGACUGAAGAAGAAGUUGGAAGUUUGAUUAAAUAUACGUUUAAAAUAAACAACUUGUGGAAGUCUUUGAAGUCUUCUGUCAAAGCCUCACUACAUAUUCAGUGGCCCAAAUGGAACAAAGAUGGGAAAUGGCUUCUGUACCUGUUGAAGGUCACGGCUACAGGACAGCAGGACAUCCUUUGCACCCCUGAGUUUGAAAUCAACCCUCUCAAGCACAUUCAGGAGUCCUCUGUGUCCAGGACGAAACGUGAAAUCGGUGAAAGAAAACCUCGAGGCAAAAAGUUUUCACUGUCUGACAAAAAAAACGUUUUGACAUGUGACAAUGAGAUCAAAUGUGUGGAGCUCAGGUGCCCCCUACAGGGCCUAGACGGUACAGCAGUUGAACUGAGAUCUCGUCUCUGGAACUCAACCUUUAUUGAGGAUUAUGCUUCUCUUUCGCACAUGUAUAUCGUUGUGAAGGCCUCGCUUGUCCUUCACACUCAGGCUAAAAACAUGAUCCUGAGAACUCCUGACACUGAUGUGACGGUGGCAGUGUCCCCAGAAAGUGCAGUGGCACAGCACAGUGGUGUUCCCUGGUGGAUCAUACUGGUGGCUGUUCUUGCAGGCAUCUUGAUUUUGGCUUUGCUGGUGUUUCUGCUCUGGAAGUGUGGAUUCUUCAAACGCUCCAAACAAGAUGACAGCGUCCCUCGUUACCACGCAGUGCGGAUAAGAAAGGAAACUCCCGAGUAUAAGGACGGGAAACUCAAGCUUGAUCCUUCUGAAAAAAAGCAGUGGAUGACGACUUGGAUUGACAACGAAAGCUACUUGUGACUCGUAUUUCUGUUAAAUGAUUUUCUCAAACAGGGAUAGUCUGUUUUUUAAGUGUCAAGCCACAAACACACGGAGCUUUGUCUUUUGUUCAUUUCAACAUGAUGCUCAGUGGUUUAAAAACAAAUGUGCUGAUCUUUCUACCUUGUCAGGAAUAAGUUGGGCUCAUGUAUUUGAAUUUCUACACUGUAUAGAUGAUGAAAUGUUUUUUGUAAGUUUUGUACAUUUUGAAUUACUUCCGCACAGUUUAUUUAUUUUUUGAUAAAAAAAAUGGUGCAGCCAAAGAGUUUUUCUUCUUAUGUCUGCCCUGGGGCAGAUCAACAGAGGGCAAAGUUUACUACUGUUUCUAUGGAGUUGUCCUGUCUUAUUAAAAGCUUAAAAGUCUAUGCAGGUUAGGUACAACUAAUUCAGUGUAAAACAGUAUGAAUGUAAAUCAUUAUACACGUUUCACGUGUCUAGUUUCAGCGCUUUCCAACAAAAAUGCUCCUGUCCUGUUUGGAAUGACAUUUAGGUACAUUAUCAUAUCACAAUAAUUAAAAAGUGUACAAAUGACCACGACUGACUCUAAAUGCCAGUUGAGGUCUUCCCCCCUCCACUUAUGUUCAAUUUCUCCUUCACCUCCUCUCACUAUUGUGGCAUUCAGGUAGCAUCCACUGUAUGUAGGUCAUCACUGAAGUAGAAGACUAACUUUUUGUUCCCUGUGAGGAACCCAAAGGGAAGAUGGUGAAAAGCAAAUGAAAUGUAUGUUUUUAUAGAUUUAAUACAAGGUAAUUGUCUUGUUGAAUUGUCAAGUAUAAUAAAAAUACUUAAAAAUUCA